CAGGACAUAUGUCGUGCGGUGACGAGGGGAGACUGGAAAUUGCCAAAACACAUACUCAUAUGUACCACCAUACGGCACCUCUAUCGCAGUAAACAACUUACCACUAUUCUCAACAGGUUGGGUCACAGUGAGACAUAUGACUUCGGCUUGGAACUUGAGACAGCGCUCGCUAAGGCUCUUGAUGAUGUUUCCACAUCCCUUACUCCACAGAUCAUAACCGGCGAAGGAAACAAUGUGUUUCAUUUGGAGUGGGACAAUCUGAACAAGAUAACAACAAAUAUUCAUGGCCCAAACAUAGUGAACAGCACAGGUGGGAUAAUGAUACAAGAGGUGAAACCUGGGUUUGAUACCACUGAACAGGAUCGGACUCUCCCUCUCUUCACACGGAGCAAUGAACGCUCACUGAAAUUGGAUACACCUGAGACCCUGGCUCCUGUUCACAUUCAUAGUCGAGUAGGCCCCACAUUUCCCGAAGGAGCCUCAUUCACUCCACCUAUCAUAAACUGUGAAAUGUAUGCAACAUGCCUCCAAGAGUAUCGUGUCUGGUUGUUUGCACGAGUGGUGGGGAGCAGUGGAGCAAAGCAACCUGUCCCAGGGUUUGGUGGCUUCAUCUCGGCUACUGGUGUGAAACCUCGAAGAAAGUCAACGAUCGACUAUUUCACACCUAUCCACCAUCCCUUUACUGACUAUUCAACUAUCAAGGAGCUGCUAAAGCGGUCAGAAGAUGCUACCAUGCAAGUGGGUCAGGAGUACGUCCUCAACACAUUCGACCUUGGAGGUUGUAUGAAAGUACUCCCCCUGAUUUGGAAACACCCAGAUGAAUACAAGAAGCAUGUGGUCACACCAGGACCAUUCCACACAGGAAUGAACUACAUCGGCAUGGUGACUGGUCACAAAUGUAAGGGAUCGGGCUAUUCUGAAAUACUUAUUGAAGCUGGUCGGUCUCAUCACUAGUGGCUGCCUACGUAGUGUAUUGACAGGAAAGGCGUAUGCUAAAGCAUCGUUCUGCCUCAAGACAGUCAGUGAAGCUAUGGAGAGGUUGUUAAUUGAGGCAUUCGUUGAGGAGGAGAAAGUUAAGGUCACCAACCCGAAAGCCCUGCUCAAUCUAGUAAAGACAUGCACGCGAGAGAAGCUCGACUGUGCGAUGCAGGACGCAUCCACUUCCACCAUGCUUGAAAAGUAUGUCACAUAUGAAGAUAAGGUACGCAAGGGUCACCUUGGCAAGACUGCCACAUUCUGGCUUAGUGUGAUAGAUCAUACCCGUCUGAUCCUAAUGUUGCAGUAUUCUGUAAAGACUAACAACUUGUCCCUCUUCCACAAGUGCAACGGUGAUAUGGCUGACCUAUUCUUUGCAUACGAUGGACCCAAUUACUCGAGAUACUUGUGCUGGUUUGAUGUUUUCCUGACAAACAUCGAACUGUCUCAUCCUGGGGCCAAGGAUCUGCUGGAGAAGGGUGGAAUUGCUGUGGCAAGGUCUCUCAUCCCUGGUUCUCUAUGUGGGGUGGACAAGACCAUGGAGGAGACCUUCAUGAAGUUUGCCAAGUCACAAGGUGGGUUCGUAGGUCUAUUUUCCAUGUUUGGUGCCUACCAAAGAUGUUGUCGUACGACAUCAACUCGUGCUCAGUACUUCGAGAAGAUGCUGGAGAUGUGCGGCCUUGUUGAUGACCCAGACUACCCGAAAGCCGGGAAGCACCGUGAGCUGGAAAGAGCUGAAAUGAAGAAGUCUGAAGAUAACGUUCAGCGUACCAUCUCUGCUAUCCACAACUUUGUCAAUCCUUUCUCCUUGGUUGACAAGGACCACCUAUACAACAUAGCGUCUGGUGCUCCUGUUUCUGCAGAGAUUGAGUUUGAUGUGCUCCGUGCUGAAUCCGCUGGUAAGGAGGCCAAGGAAGCAUUCAUCAAAGAACGCUUGGUGAAGGAUUCUAAACGGCUGUUCUUUGACCCUAUCAAGAGACAGAAACUGAAGUCCUUGGAGGCCUCUAACAAGUCAGUGAAGCUCACUGGCACACAGGGAAAGGCUAUCCAGUACCGUGAGCAAAGUGACCUUGCAUUUACGUUACUCAUCAAGUCUCAGAACCUUGACGAGCCCCUUAACCUCGAUGAGCUGAUGAGGUAUUCCCUGACCCCUGUCCCUCACAGCCUUGGUACUCCCGACGGGUUCUUUAACAAGACGAACAAGGCUUCUAUGCUUCAUUUUCUGAUGGAAGAUGCUCCCGAGGAUGUGCCUUACCCAGAAGACGCUCUAUACAUCCAGGAUGGUAAUGCACUUUUUCACGCCCUGGAGAACCUUCCGCCAACGUUUGGUCAAAUUUGCCUCCAAGUGCUGGAUCAGAUGGUAGCUAAGAAGAAUUUUGUCUUCUCAACUGACUCAUACCACGUGGACUCCAUCAAGUCUCAGGAGAGGCUGCGCCGAGGCUUCUCGCAGAGGUUUAUUGUAGAGGGACCCGCAACAAGGAAGCCGAGUGACUUCAAGCUAUUCCUGGCAAAUGAGGAGAACAAGACACAGCUCUGUAAACUAAUGCUACGUGUUUGGGGGAGUCAGGCAGCAACCUCUCGGCUUGAGAAAAGUGGGACAGCAGUGGUAGUAGUCGAGGGAAAGGCGUAUCAGCUGGACACAUCAGAUGGCAAUGUAACGCCCCAUGAGAUCCAUGAGCUGGAGUCAAAUCAGGAGGAAACAGACACUCGGGUUGUACUGUAUCUUAAGUAUGCUGCCAAGCUGGGGUACAAAUCAGCUGUGGUGAGGACUCCAGACACUGACAUAUUCUUGAUCCUCUUGCAUUAUGCUCAGUCCAUCCCCAUAACUAUCUACCUGGAUACAGGAACUGGGAAGCAUCGUCAGAUUGUCAAUGUAAGUGAACUAGCAGAGUCAAAGGGAGCUGACUACUGCACCACAGUUCUCGGAUUGUUUGUAUUCACCGGGGAAGAUGUGACAAGUGCCUUCAAGGGCAAGGGCAAGGUUGGGCCCCUGAAGAAGUUACAGAGCCACCCCAAGUACCACACAGCCUUCAGAAAACUUGGUGAUGAGUGGUCUGUCGAGCCAGAGGUGUUGGAUGACAUUGAGGCAUUUACGUGUCUAAUGUAUGGUCAUGCUAGGGAAAAGUCUGUCAAUGCAGUACGCAGCAUCAUUCUGAAGCAGAUGGUGGGGGACGACGAAAGACUGACGUCCAAAUCAAAGGUUGAUCUCUCCCGGCUCCCACCAUGCAGAGACAACCUUGUACCACACAUUAACCGUGUAAACCACCGCCUUGCUCACUACAAGCGAGCUGAGGAGAUGAUCUUCUACAGCCCCAAACCUUAUGAUCCUGGACAAGGCUGGGAGAAGACAAAGGAGGGUAUUUUGCAGCCAAUAUGGUCAUGUGGUCCUAUCCUCCCACCUUCCCUCAUUGACUUACUAGAAUCAACUAUUAAUGAAGUGGAAGAUGAUGAAGAGGAGGAAGAAGAAAUUGAUUAUGAUGAGCUUCUUGAUGGUGAUGAUGAGUAGCUUGUCCUGCCACCCAAGCCCCAUCCUUAUUAUCAUAUUGAACUUUUGUGUUUAUCUUAAAAACUAGCAUUGCAAAAUGAUCUUACAAUUUUUAUUUUGUAUAUAUAGGUAGAUUUGGAUUGGCUAGAUUUGGAAUGUAAAUUAUACUGAUUUAUGCUUUUUUAGUUUUUCUUUAUCCCUCAAGAAGAUCUAGCAACCUGACAAUAAACGCAAAAAUUAAUGUAGCGGUGUUUGAGUUGUCGGAUCUCGCAUCACAUUCACGAUAAAGGCAAGGGUAUAUUCCAUGAAAAUUGAAAAGUGGCAGAAAUAGACAUUCAGUGAAUUAAAGGACUACGACAUGCUUAAACUAUAACCUCGCAAUAGAUUCCUCAUGCCAACUUUACACUCAAGAUGGGGACAUUCGUCUUCAAGCUAUACGUAGUUAAAAAUCUAAAUUAUACAGAUCGGGUUGUGGUUAAUUUGAAGGCCCCCACAUGGGGUUACGGACAUUAAGUUUCCAGAACCUUUCUUCGGGUAACCAAUGAAUGAUGUCUCCUCACAGGAGGAUAAAAUACAAGUGGCAUUGUAAACUAGCAUUAAUGCCGUUUGGCCACAUUUGGGCUCCAAAAGCACAUUAUGUUAAAUAAGCCCGUAUUCUGAAUUCAGUUUUAAAUUGAACACUGGUUUAAAGUUGUGGUUUAACUUUGGAGAGCCAAUUGGGACACACAUCCCUAACAGUACACAUUCCAUUUAUUGACUCACAUGACACCCAAAUUGUUCAUAAUGAUAAUUGAAGUAUUUUUCUUCAUUAUGAAAGCAAAAAGGAAACAGAGUAGUAAACGUAAGAGAUAUACAAUAUAAACAUAUUUUUUAAAUUUUGGCUAUCCAUAAUUAAAAACAAGAGUUAGACCGUGUUCUAAGAACUUUUCCAAGAGACUUCAUUGAAUAAAUGUGUUUAUGAUGUAACAGAAACACCCUUGUUUGUCUAUGUAUUAUUCUGAAUCAGAUAAAUUUCUAUUACCACGCAGAGUACAUACUGUACAUUACGGUGUGUUAGUCAUACCAACAAAAUCGAUGGAAGAAGCUGGUCAAAUCUUUUGUAUUAUUUGAAUGGCAUACCAUUCAUCACUUCGCAAUCGUUUUCAUGGGUGUGACUGCCACACCGAGGUUGCUUUUUGGCCUCACUUUAGCGCAAAAUCGCUUAAUACAUUCAGCAUAUUUUCCUUCUUUCUAAAGCAAAUAAAGAUACUAAUGGUGGUAUGAAGCCUGUAAAUAUUCUCGUUGAUACAUCCUCUUUCAUAUCGAAUGUUGAGAUUGUGCAUUUAUUACUGAUAUUCGUAAUAAAUCUGAUCAAUAACAGUGCAUGUGUGAACUUUUUACCAAAAACAUACAAAUUUCGGUCAAAAGUCUUAGUUCUGUCAAAAACUAUCACCCGACAUUAAAUUGAAGAAUAAAGUGAUUGUAAUACAUUUCUACCAACAAGAUGAUAGAUAAUUUCGCAUUAUUUAAGACCUUUUUCCAUUUUCUGGGUUGAAAAUGUGACAAUAUACAUUAGUAUAUCCAAGUCCACAAUAUGCAGUAAAAAAGCUAAAUUUCUGAAAAUUGAGUUUUCAAGUUUGAGACAUUAUAAGUUUGUAAAGAAAAAUGAUAUCAAUUUGGAAUUUCGUCAACAUAAUAGUUGUAUAUUAGGAAAGUUUUCUAAAAAGUAUCAAGGCAAUUUCCAUAUUUUCAUGAGAUUUAUGGUAAAUCAUUAUUUCGCAAAUUUUCAAUUUUUGGAAAAAAAAUCUCAAAAUUGCACUUUUCUUAUCAAAAUCUCAGCUUGAUUACAUUUUCAUCACCAAUGAAUAGUAUCAACUUGUAGAAAAUUUAUUCAUCUUUCAUAUGACACUAAUUUUGUGGCAAAUGAAUGUUUGUGUCGGAAUUUAUGUAUGAAAAUCCAAAUUCCAUGAAUAUGGCGGCCAUUUUGGACGCCAUCUUGGAUUUGAACCCCAUGGGACAAUAUUUUGUUUUGGGAACAUCAAAAUUCAUUUCCUAGACAUCUUAAGGAUUACAAAAAUGUAGGUUAAAAAAAUAUAUCAUUCGGGUGCAUGGGAACCCUACCUCCCUACCAGACUA